GGAGGAGGGCCUCGAGUCGCAGAGGCAUCAGCGGAGUUUUAGAGUUGCCGCCAUGCCGCCCAAGUUUGACCCCAGCGAGAUCAUCGAGGUGUAUGUGCGCGCCACCGGUGGAGAGAUCGGCGCUGCCAGCUCCCUGGCACCAAAGAUUGGCCCCCUGGGUCUGUCCCCCAAGAAGAUUGGUGAGGACAUUGCCAAAGAGACGGCCAAGGAGUGGAAGGGGCUGCGCGUGACCUGCAAGCUGACGGUGCAGAACCGGCAGGCCAAGGUCACCGUCAUCCCCUCUGCCGCCGCCCUCGUCAUCAAGGCGCUCAAGGAGCCCGUGCGCGACCGCAAGAAGGAGAAGAACAUUGUGCACAACGGCAACCUGACGAUUGAGGAUGUGUACGAGGUGGCCCGCGUGAUGGCCGACCGCAGCUGCGCCGCCACCUUUGCCGGCACGGUCAAGGAGAUGCUGGGCACCUGCGUGUCGGUUGGCUGCACCGUGGAGCAUGAGGACCCCCGCGACAUCCAGAAGAAGAUCGACGACGGCGAGAUUGUGUGCCCCGAGGCGUGAGCAGCCUCGAGCACCAGCAGCAUUUGCUUCUUGCAGCGGCCCGUAGCAGCAGUGUAAACUGCAUGUAACACACUCUGCUAC